GUGGGACGCCUACCACUGCAUGGCUUGCUAAGAGGUGCCAUGUCCGCCCCUGGGAUCCGAACUGGCGAACCCCAGGCCACCGAAGCUGAACCUGUGCACUUAACCACUGCGCCGGCCCUAAUUGUCCUAACUCUUUAGUUCUCUCCAGUCUGAAACAGUUUCUUAGUCUUUCCUUAUCUUUCAUGAGCUUGAUGUUUUUUGAAGAGAAGAGGAAACGAGAUUAUGAAAGCUAUUUAUGCUCCCUGCUGCUCCCUGCAGAAUCCAGAAGCUCUGCUUUUGCUCUGAGAGCCUUCAAUGUGGAACUGGCUCAGGCUGGUUAAGGACUUGGUCUCUGAGAAAACAAUUGGACUGAUGCGAAUGCAGUUUUGGAAGAAAACUGUGGAUGAUAUAUACUGUGACAAUCCACCACACCAACCUGUGGCCAUUGAACUAUGGAAGGCUGUCAAAAAACAUAAUCUGACUAAAAGAUGGCUUAUGAAAAUCGUUGAUGAAAGAGAAAAGAAUUUGGAUGACAAAGCGUAUCGUAAUAUCCAGGAACUGGAAAGUUAUGCUGAAAACACACAGAGCUCUCUUCUUUAUUUAACACUAGAAAUAUUGGGUAUAAAGGAUCUUCAUGCAGAUCAUGCUGCAAGUCACAUUGGAAAAGCACAAGGCAUUGUCACUUGCUUGAGAGCAAUGCCCUAUCAUGGUAGCAGAAGAAGGGUGUUCCUUCCCAUGGAUAUUUGUAUGCUGCAUGGUGUUUCACAAGAGGAUUUUCUACGAAAGAACCGAGAUAAAAAUGUGAGAGAUGUGAUAUAUGACAUUGCCAGCCAGGCCCACUUACACCUAAAGCAUGCGAGGUCCUUUCACAAAAGUGUUCCUGUGAAAGCAUUUCCUGCCUUUCUUCAGACGGUUGCUCUGGAGGACUAUUUAAAGAAAAUUCAACAAGUGGAUUUUGAUAUAUUCCACCCAUCUUUACAGCAGAAGAAUACAUUACUUCCAUUAUCUUUGUAUAUUCGGUCAUGGAGAAAAAGAUAUUAAAAUAAUUUUAUAAUAUUUGUAUUAAUUUUACUUUUAUUCAUUUUACAAAAGUAUACUAGUUAGUAUUCUUGUUUUGCAAACAAUAGGAACUGACUCUCUACUUAAGGAGAAACGAAUUUAUUCAGUGGAUGUCUGUAGCUCACAGAAUUGAUGAGAAGUUGCUGUGGGGAUAGGGUGCCAAGAUACUGCUGAUAUUCUGCCUCAGGCACCCUCAUUGUCACCACCAGCCCAGACAGUGUCUGCUAUACCAUCUCUGUGAAGUCCGAGCCCCAGGAGGGAGCAUUGGUUUAGCUGUGCUUAGGCUGCAGGCCAUGCUUCAGCCACCAGAGGGCAGGGAGAAGGAAUGUCUCCUCCAUUCCUUGCCCUUGGAAAAGGGGGAAAGGGCUCAAGUAGUGCUGGGUUUGCACGCUGAGCAGCCAGAACUCAGGUGUGCUUUACAGCUGGGUCACAAAGAAUGAAGUUAAUAUUUGAAGAAUGUCAGUCACUAUGUUGAGGGCUUUAUAUUCCUAACAUUUAAUCUUUACAGCUCUAUGGAAAUGUAUCCAUGAUGAUAAUUGCUUUAAAGUAAGACAGUUGGCUGGCAAGAGCUGGAAUCCUAGUUUGACUUUUAAGUUUGGCUGAUACGAAAGCUUUUACUUUUUUGUUAACCCCACUGCUUUCCUGUCUGUCAUCCAGUAUUAUCGUGAUCAUGAACAAAAUGGUAUUGAACAAAAUUAUAUUAACAAAGUGUGUAUUAAUAUAAAUUAUAUUAACAAAAUUGUAUUGAAUAUUGAUUAAUGGGAUAGUACAUUUUUAAAAACUAGUAUACUAGUUGAGCUUCCUGGUUAUAAGCUCUGUGCUGUAUACUUUUACCAAUGUUCUCAUUUUGUCUUUAAAACUCUAUGAAAUAAGGAAUGUUUUUGGUAAUUAAAAAAUUUAAAUUGUAAAAUACAUGCUAAUUACAAAAAACCCCAAAAUUGUUUGCAUUGCUGCUAAUUGGCAGAUGUGGACUCUGAAUGGGUCUCUGCCUCCCAAGACCAGGAUUAUGCUACAGUUUCCUUUUCCUGCCUUUUCAGUAGUCUUGCCUCUGGCCCACUCACACCUCUGGGGACUGUUCCUCUAUCCCAUUUCUCUUAAGCGUUUGGUUUCAGCUAUGAAUUAGCACCUAGUUCAAUUGUGACUUAGUGAUGGCUUAAAAUAUUUCAUUUUUGCAAAUAGAACUUAAACUGAGGACAAGAACACGUUGUUUUAUUCAUCUAGGGAUCCCCCAGUACUUAGAAUGGUUUCUGAUUUAGAGAAAGUAGAGAUUAACAAAUGAGAGAUUAAUAGAUGUAUAAUUGAAUGAAUGUGAAAUGUGGUUGAUGGUGAUGCUGAAAGAAUAUCCUCUUGUUUAAUUCUGUGGCUUUAGAAAGCCUUUUAGCUUAUCUGGAAAAGGCAAGUACAAGGAAAUGGGACACAUUUCCUCUUGGGAUUCUGAAUGAUCCAGGGUUGAAGAGUUCAUUAGAGAUAGUCUUUGUUAGUAGUAAGCAUUGUCUGUGGGUCCUCCCAGGUUAAAUUUGGCAGCAGUUAGCUGCUAAGCAUCUUGGUUGCUAUCUAAGGGUCUUUAAAAAAAAGAGUUUAAACACUCAACUGGAUUACUGGAUUCUUUCCUGGCUCAGAAGCCAAUUUACUAUUAAGUAAAUAAUUUCAAAAUAUUUUCUAAGCUGUUUUAAAUUUGAUGCUUAGAGAUUUGGAAGAACUGAAGUUUCCAGCGUCCCAGAUGUAAGCUGAAGUUUAGUUCAGAGACAGUUACUAUAGUAUUUCCUGGCAUGAAAGAUACUCCCUUAUAUGGUGCAACAUUCUUUUUCAUUUUUCAAAUCUGUUUUUUUAUUAGAGCAUUUUAAAGGAGUCAGAUAUAUUUUCAAACCAUUUAAGGUGUAUUUUAAUAUGAAUUGGUGGAGAGUAACAGAUAACAAAUGUUAAGUAAUAUUUUACUUACUAUCACUUACUAUUUACUUAUUAUUACUAUUACUUAUUAAUUAAGUAAUAAAUUACAAAUUAAUCUCAAUGUAGGUAAAGUUGCAUACCAUUAUAAAAUGUUUUGGAUAGUUCCCAAUCAACUGACAAUAUUCUUUCUCUCCUUUUGGUUAAAGCUUUCCUUUUGAUGAGGUUAAAUUACUCUUGAGAAAUACAACAGCAGCUAACACUUACUGAGCGUGAACUGGGACAGGUGGUGUGCUCUGGACAGUAAUCUUUACAGAGAAAGUAGGUCUUCAUUUUCCAAAUGAAAAAGCUGCCUCAGAGAUGUUAAGUUCAAGGUCACACAGCCAUUAGAACUAGAGCUGGAUGCCAAACCCCUGUUAGUUCAAUGCCAAUGCCCACAACCCAUGUAUUUUUGCCAUUCUUGAGAUUGUAAAAUAAACUGCCAAGUUUAAAAGCUCAAGGGCACAACUUUUUUCAGAAGUAAGUAUUACUGCAUAAAGUUUAGGUGCAAAUUGGGUAAAAAAGUAGUUACUAUAUAAAUUCCAGCUACAAAUUAGGUGAGAGAGAAAUAGGCAACUGAAAUAGAUAUUAAGUUCUGGUCACUGGGUAUAUUCAGGAAGGGCACGUCACCACUUUUGAGGUCAAAGAAGGUUUCCCAGAGGAGGUGGCCUGUGAGGAGUGCCAGGAAGGUUGGAUAGGAGCCAGGGUGUGGGAUGGGGGUGUAGAUGUUGUGGGGAGAUCCUGGCUGAGGAAGUAGUGUGAACAAAGGCCAGGAGACAGAAUGGAUAGCCUAUGUCAAAAUGCUUAAUUUUUUGGUUUUUAACUUAGUAGAAAGAACAGAAUGUAAUGUCCAGAGUUCUUAGGAAAGUUUGUGAAUAAAAAGUGGCCACAUCCCCUGGUCUAGUGAAACAUUUUGAAUUAAGAUCAAAGACUUGGGAGUUUAUAUUUUGCCAUUUUAGCAAAUCCCUAGAUGCCCUUGGGUGGUUUUAGCUCAUAUAAAUAGUACUUCUCUGAAGACUCUGGCCUAAUCAGUUGCCUGGUCCAGAAAGAUCUACAGAGUUGUAAACAUUAUGCAGAUGGUUAUUGAAAACAUAAAAAAGUUAUCCUUAUUUUGGAGAAUAAACAUUGUAACACUGUUUGUUACCUGUAAGGAGGACUAAGCAAGAAACCACAUACACCUAGAAUUGAGAAGGAUAUCAGAGGUGGAGCAGAGGAGUUGGGAGAGUGACUGUGAGAAUAUAUUAAAUAACUUGGACCCUUCACUCUACCUGCAUUUUUCUAUAAUGAACAUGUAUUUCUUGGGUAACUGCAAAGCUACUUCUUAAAAAUUAAGACCCUUUGAAUGAGAGAGAGUGGUAGACAGGGACUGUGAUUAAAUUUGUGGGACAAUGAAUAGGUGGAUGGACGUGAAUUUUUCUAUCAAAUCUAUAUAUAUUAGUUGAGUUUGUUCAGUGACCAAAAGCAAUAAUAUUUGGCACAAAUGAUUAUGUAACUCAUUCUGUAGUAUAAGCUGAAUAAAGCAAUUUUAAAAGUUUAUAUACAGAGCAGUAGAAUAUAGUGCUAUGAAGCACUUAAGAGUGUGGGCUCUGGGGGAUCCUGGCUGCCGGGGUGCAAAUUCCAGUUCCACCACCUAAUAGCUGGGUUACUUCAGCAAGUUAUGUGAACUCUCCCAUGCCUCAGUUUCUCCAUUUGUAAAAUAGGCAAAAUCUUAAUAUCAACCUCACUGGUUGUGAGGGGUAAAUGAGUUAAUAUAUGUAAAGUGCCUGGAACAGUGACCUACUUGUAGUAAACGAUAAAUAGUGUUAAUGUUAUUAUGCAAACUGGCAUCCUGACCCAAAUUAGGCUUGCAGGCAUAUUUUGUUUCGCAGGCAUAGCAUUUGAAAAAGAAUGAGAAAUUGAAUGCCUUUAGACAGAAGUGUACUCUCCACUUGGCCACAGGUCCCAGCAUGAGCUACCAUCCCACACCCAGCCUGAUUCAUACGUUCAUGUUACCUGCUUAGUCUAUAAGCACUUCAGUUUGUGACUAGUGGUUUAUUAGAAUUUGUGGAUGGUGGAUUAAUAACAAGUGAUUGCCAGCUCAAGGCUAGUUCUGCAAAGCGUAGCCCUGCUUUCUCCCCAAAAGCUGACUGCAUUUUAACCAUUGUUCACUCGUCUGUCCCUCGCUUAGCCAAGUUCUCUGAGUGCAAGACAAUGUUUUAUUAUUCUUUGUAUCCUCUGAACCUGCCGUAGAUCCUGAUGCUGCUCCAUAAAUCUUUGUGGUCUGAAUGAACAAGUUGUAGUAUUAGGUGGGAUGGUAGCCUCUCAGGGAAUGUUACUGGGUUGGGGCUGACAUGUGAAGGAUGAACUGGAAGUGUGUGUCAAAGAUGUGACUUUGGCAGUGCAUACGGCAUUUAAGAAACUAGUUGUCCACAGGAAAAAAACACUUUCUUUUUCUUUUUUUGUAUCUAUAUUAGGCGAUGGAUGUUAACUAAACUUAUUGUGGUGAUCAUUUCACAAUAUAUGUAAGCCAAGACAUGCUGUGCACUUUAAACUUAUAUAGUGCCGUCUGUCAAUUAUAUCAAUAAAACCGAAAGGAAAAAAAGAAACUAGGCUGUCAGGUGUGAUUGGAAAGCAGGGUAUGAGGAAGAAAAAGUGAUGCUGGAAAGAUAAAUUGUAGACACAUUAAGGUGUUUGGAUGUUAAGAAUGGCAUGAAAUUUGAUAAUAAGUAUCUCAUAAAUGUUCCAUAACAUAUUUUGUGUAUAUGCUUAUGGAUAUUAUUGGCAUUUUUUCCUAGUGUGAUCAUGUCUUUAGAUAAGCAGUACCUUUGGAAUCAGAUAUGAGAUAGAAUGUCUUUAUCCCUAUUUGAUAAGUCUGUGGGUUGACUUUUUAUUACCCUGUACAAAUACUGUUUUCCUUUGAGUCACCCUUUUCUCAUUAAACAGUCCUGCCUUGGU